GGAGGAAAAAUGCAAAGCCCUUAUCCAAUUUUCCAAAACCCUGAGCUACCCCACUUCCACUCUCGAGUCUACUACUUACACAGAGGGUUGAGCCCAAAAGCUCCUAACUUUAAAUCCCCAGCAACGAUUCAUACCUUCAUCUAUACGCAGAAUUCAGCAGCUGAACCAGCUCAAUAACUCCCUUUUCAAAUCUUGCAAUAUAGCGAUUUUGGUGAUAUUUAUGCUGCGGUUAAAGUGAAAUGGCAUCUAUAUCAGGAACUUGGCUGUAUCAAGCUUUUGGUGUGCUUCUGGCAGAUAGAGGAUUGAAAGGUGCAGUCUUAGCACAGAGCCAUGCUACUGGGAACCCAUGUUUCAAUCAUUUCAAGGCAUCAACUGUAAGUUCAUUUCCAGUUGGAUUAUUCCAAGUUAGAGUUGGCUCGAAUAUAUCACCAAAGAGGGCACCUUUACUUCCUUCUAUAAAGUGUGAGAAGAAGGAUGAUUCCUCCAAAGAUUUCUCUAUUGAGCGUCCACCCUAUGAUAGCUAUAUGGACUCAACAUCUGGGCAGCUUGAACCUGCAUCAGGUGCUCGUGCCAGCAUUCCAGGGCAGGAUUAUUGGCCUGAAGGCACUGCAAGUCGAGUUAGGGCUGCCAGGGCUCCUGAGCCCACUGGUAAAUCAGUUGGAUCUCCAUCUUAUGGUAGAAAUCCUGGAAGUAGGAGGAGGAAGAAUAAAACAUCAGUUGCUGCUGGUGAAUCUUCUGAACCAAGUGUAGAAUCAAGUGAUACAGUGGCAGUGGAACUGGAACCAGAGACUUCAGAGGACACACUAGAGGAUACUAAAGAUUUCCCAUCUGAAUAUGUUGUCUAUCAGACUGAACCUGAAAAAGAAGAAGAAACAGGAUUUGAACUAGACAAGAAACUUGGACGUCCUCAUCCCUUUAUUGAUCCAGAAACAAAGAAGCCACUAGAGGAGCCACUUACGAGUGAUGAACUAUGGUGGAACUGGAAAAAACCAGACAAGGAACAAUGGUCCAGAUGGCAAAGGAGACGACCAGAUCUUGAAACGGUUUUUCUCAAAGCAAUGGCAGAGACUGGGCAAGUAAAGCUUUAUGGUGAACAUCCAACAUUGACUGAAACUUCACUUUACAGAGCAAGACGACAUCUUUUCAAGGAAGAGAGGCUUCAAGCAGAACAAGAGAAGCUUGAUAGAAUAGGUCCACUUGCAUACUAUUCAGAAUGGGUAAAAGCGUGGAAAAGAGACACUUCCCGAGAAGCUGUUCAGAAACAUUUUGAAGAGACUGGUGAAAAUGAAACAACCCAACUAAUUGAAAUGUUUUCUCAACAAACUGAUCGAGAGUAUCGCAUAAUGAUGGGGACUGAUAUCCGUAUACGUAGGGACCCCUUAGCGAUGCGUAUGCGAGAGGAUCAAAUAAAGCAAAUAUGGGGCGGAGAUCCUGUUUACCCAACUGUGAACUAUAUUCAAGAUCCAGAUGAAGUGAUUGAUUACAGAGGCCCAGAUUUUCAUGAACCAACACCAAAUAUGCUGUCUUUUCUGAAGGAGCAUGGAAAAAUCAUAUCAAGGGAGGAAAUUGAGAAAAUUCUGUCAAAAGAGAAGACCGAAGAGCUUGAGGCACCUGAUAUGGAUGAAGCUAUGGCAAAAGCUGUUGACAUUGGUGAAGAUGAUGAAGGAGAAGAUAGUGAGGCCGAGGUUGAUGAACAAGGAGAGAAAAUCACACGCAAUUGGAGUGUUAUGAAAACUACUCCUGGGCUUACCAAGUCAAAGGGUAAACCCAAAAAGGACGCCUUGUCUUUGGAAGAGGCUGUAGAAGAUUCAGAGAACUUGACAGAUUUUCUGAUGGACUUUGAGGAAGAAGUGUAAAUAUAUUCUUUGGAAGAUUUUGGUUUGUUGAGAUUCACAAAGAAAUAGGCGAUGAAGUAGGUGUAUGCAUUAUUAUGUAAUCCAGCAGUAAAACUGUAACUUAUUUACAUGAAUGAAACAGAAGGUAAAGUUAUUGACCUGACUUAGUCAUUUUUUAACAAAAUUAAUGUGCAUGGCAUUAUGGCCUCUUUUUUU